AUAUAUUUUGAAUUUUUUCUUUAGCCUUUUAGAGUUCAACUAGGGUCUCUAGGGGUUCUGCAUACAGACGUUUAUUCAGCAUACACUGCAUCAGUUACCAAACAAAUCAAAUAUGUGUAAAAUGUGCGAAAUUGGAAUCCUUAAUUAAUUUCUAGUUUUUCUUAUUACAGCAUAAUUAAUCUUAUUUUUUAGCAAUAUUUUACUAUUAUAUGAAAAGAAGAAUUAUGAAUAAAACACUACCAGAACCAAUAUUGGUGUUUAACGUAAACUAAAAAUUCGACCACAAUGUUCUUACUCAUUUUCUAUACAAGAGGCCCACCCAAACCCUGCAGCCCAGUUUCAUAUUUAUCCCAAUCCCACAUCCCCAAACAACCCUCAAAUCAAAUCCCAAAUUCCAACCGAUACAAUGAUUCAGGCGGCGGCGAUGCGGCGGACCUCCUACUUUUCCAUGAGUUCUCACCUGCAACAGUGCAGGGGCAUCCGAGUCAAGGUUUACAACAGCAAUUUAGAUCAGGCUUUGACCUUAAUGCAGCGGAAGAUGCAGUCCAGCGGCAUCGAGCGAAUGAUAAAGCAGGAACAGCUUGCCCACGUCAAAAAUUCCGAGAAGCGCGUUUUGGCCAAAAAGAAUUUGGAGCGCAGGCUUCGCGCGCAGGAUCUUGCCCGCAAGCUCAAGAUGAUUCUCGUUCAGAAAGUCAGGGGUAUAUAAGAUAGCUUGAAGGAGUUAAGUAGAAACCAUUUAGUCCUUGCCAAUUACUCUAAUCGUCAUUUCCAAAUAUAGUUGGUUGUAUUUUCAGUGCUUCUUGAGGAAAUUUUCAUGCAUCCAUUGCCAAGGGGGGCAGGGCAGGGCUCCAACUUUUAAUGGAAAAACUCCCAAUAAUAGCAUACGGCUGUAUGUGUUUGAAAUUUGAUAGAAUGACCUACAAAUGAGCUUCUCGAUGCCAAAUAUUUUUAUGUAUGCAAAAUAAUUAUUCGGACUUAAUUUGUAUGUUUAAACUUAGUUUGACUCAAAUUUUUAAGGGGGAGAUUUUACAUUCA